AUGACGGUCGGAGAAGAGAAAGGACGGCCGGCCGUCACAAUUUCCGAAAUGUUGCUGCCCAAACUGCCCUACUACCGUUUUCUCGUCAUGAUCGUCGCAUUCUUCUGUCUGAUGAGCAUCUUCUCCAAUUACACCAUCAUGAACUUUGCGUUCAUUUGCAUGAAGGAUGAUAUGCACGGAGCUGUUCCAGACGCCAAUGGGGUUUGUUUCAUUGCGUAGAACAACAAUAUCGGUAAAAGUAUCAUAUCUUUUACGUCUUUCUGUUACGUUUAGGUUACAUCAAAAACGUUCUGUCUCUAACUCUGCACUAAAUUCCAGACUCUGCGAUCGAUCUACGACUACAGCUCCACUGAAAAAGCGCAGCUCAUCUGGGCAGUUGCGAUCGGAACCAUUCUCGGCACGGUUCCGUACAACUGGAUGUACGUGAAGUACGGUGCCCGCCACGUGUUCCUCACCGCCGGCGUCAUCUCGCUCGUCGCCACUUCGUUCACUCCGACGGCCGCCCAAAACAGCUACCUCUUGCUGCUGUUCAUCCGAUUGAUACAGGUUUGGUUGAUCGAAAACAUUUGAAUAUUCAUGAGUAGAUGACCUAGUAUUUGCACGUGGGUAUCGAGAAUGUUCGAACGUAAACAUCGAGAAGUUAUAGGGAAUCGCCUAUGCCGCGGACUUUGCAGUCAUCGGGAUCAUCUGUGUCAAAUGGGCUCCUCAAGACGAGGUGGCCUUCUUCGUCUCCGUCCUCACCGUCUUCUCGCCCUUUGCCACCGUCAUCACCACUUCUGUCACUGGCUUUGUACGCUUCUUUAUCCAUUCUUCUCCCAAUAUCCCUUUUCUUCCAGUUGUGCACCUCAAAUCUCGGCUGGAGGGCCUCAUUCUACAUUCAUUCCAUAGCCGGAGCCGCCUGUUUCGUGCUCUGGCUCAUCGUUUAUUCCGACGAUCCACUGUCUCAUUCGAGUGUCACUUCUCAAGAACUCGCCAACAUUCAAAAGGGAAAAUCGGCUGCUCACUUCACCACAAACAGGUUGUUAGUAAAUCUUAGACUGUGGACUGAAAUAUGAGAUUACAGAGAAAUACCUUACAUGAAAAUGGUUACGAACAGUGCUCUCAUUUGCACUUGGUUCAAUGCAUUUAUGGAUCUUUCCAUGUCGAUUAUGAUCAUCACGUACUCUCCAAUCUAUCUGAAUGGAGUGCUUGAACUUCCGGUGCUUUCAUUGAUUAAAAAAAUCAUUUUUGAGAAAUCAACAUCGUUUUAUAGAUAGAAAAGACUGCAGUCAUCAUUGGAAUCACCAACUUUGCACAGCUUCCGUUCAAGUUCGGCGCCGCUUUCAUCAGUGACAGAAUAACGUAAGGAUGCCUAUUUUUGCAACGAGGCUGAGUAGAUCUUCCAGAUUUAUCAAUCCAAAAACCAAAAUGCUAAUCUUCAACACCAUUUCCUGCGGAAUCGUAUCCAUUCUGUUCGGAGGAUUCGGCUUCAUUCCCAAAGAGAAAUCAUGGCUUGCCCUGGUCCUUUUGGCCGUAAUCAACUGUCUCAUGUCCACGAAUUGUGCAGGAUUCUAUCAAUGUGGAAGGUAGGCUCCAGAAGUAUUUUUCUUGAACAUUUCAAACUUUUUUGUCUCAGACACGUGUCGCAGCAGUUUGCCGACGUCGUCAUCGCUGCCAUCCAGUUCUGCAAGUGUCUCGCACUGUUCUUCGUGCCUGCCGUCGUCGCCAUUACCGUAUCCGAUGAAGAAGACCGUAGUCAGUGGGCUCACGCGUUUCUCGUCAUGUCUGCGCUUCUUUUAGUGGUAGGAAUAGAACGAAGAAACUGUAAAGUUCUCUAAUAUUUCUAAUAGGCCAACUUCUCCGCUUACUUCUUCUUCACCGACGAACCAGCCGAGUUCACGAGGCAAAAUGAGCAUGAAGUCGAAAUGAAACGAUCGAUAAAUGGGGAGACGGCAUGA